AUGUCUUGUUCCGGCUGUACAAUGAAUCAAACCACUUCUCUAAACGACAACCAAACCGCUACAGGUUCUUCGCUUCUUCCUGAGCCCGAACCUUUCCGAAUUGUCCGUACCGUGGUCGUCAGCCUGUUGCUGGCGUUUGCUCUGGUUGGAAAUUACGUAGUGUGUCGAGCAGUUUGGAGGCAACCAGGCAACAAACCCUUCGCCCAUUACCUCGUAUGCAACUUGGCUUUCGCCGAGAUCCUCAGCACCGUUAGUUUCAUGUUUACAUUUCAUGCCGACGAACCCCCGUGGUCUUGGAAGCUCGGAUUAGCAAUGUGCAAGAUACUGACUCUGGCACAAAUGGCUAGUCUGCUGGUUAUCACAACGACCCUAGCCAUUCUUGCUGUUUACCGCUGUCUUCUCCUCGUCAAGCCACUCGUCACUAAACCAACCCGCCGGCAAAUGCGUUGUAUGAUAAUUUUCACAUGGGUGGGGUCCGUUUUUCUGUCUGUUCCCACGUCAGUUUUUCAUGUCGUGCAAGUGUACGAGGAACAUCGUCUAUGUGAAGAAAUACCUCCCCCGGGUUACGAACGUUUUAAGGAUCUUUAUUCCAUUGUUGUGUUCAUAUUAAAUUUCGCCCUGCCGCUAGCAAUAAUGGCGGUGUCCUAUGCUUUGGUCAGCAAAAAGAUUCGGGAACAUAUCGUUGUUAUUGCAAGGUUGCGGGAUGAGCAGAGCAAAGCUUUUUCUUCAGUUACUAAUCAGUCCACUUUGUACCCGGAGGAUCCUCAAGGAGCCAGCCUGUUUAGUCAAUCUGGGACAGAAAACCGAGAGGAAAUCAAGUUGAUGAACAUCAAAGUUGACACCAAAGAUCUAGGCGUAAAGCCAGAAAAGGAAAAGAAAGAAUCACAAGAAAACGCUUCAUAUUUAAGCGAGGUGCCACCCGUGAACAACAAAACGUUUGAACUGGAGAAUGAUUUAUUACGAAUGGUAUUUGCACUUGUUUUAAUAUUUGUAAUCUGUUACAUUCCUUAUCAAGUUCAAUGGCUUCUGUUUGAGUUCCGGGUAAACGCAUUCAUAAACUGGCCAUAUCGUUAUAUUGUAAGUAAGAGUGUCUUUGCUUUGACAUGCUUUCCUAGUGCCAUGCAUCCGGUUUGUUACGGAAUGAUGAGUAAGUUUUACCACAAAGCGUUUAUCAGAAUUAUAGCCUGUAGAACCUAUAAAAACGGCAACGGUUAA